AUGGGUGUGCAAAAAAAAUUUACUAGCAAAACAAGAUCCUCUAGUACCUUUAUACUGGUCGCUCUAUGUUUUGCCCUAUUCACGGACACUUUUAUUUAUGGCAUUAUUGUACCCAUCCUGCCUUUCCUAUUGAUGGGCCCUGACAACAUGGCUUUAAGGGACGUCCAAAAAUGGUCGUCUAUGCUGUUGGCGAGUUAUGGCGGCGCUCUGUUGCUUGGCUCUCUGGUGGUGGGUUAUUUUUGCGACAAAUAUCGCGCCCGGAAAGCACCUCUGGUUUGUGGUCUCAUCGCCAUGGCCCUGGCGACCGUGCUAUUUAUUUCUGCAAGUAAUGUCUGGGUGCUUCUCUUGGCUCGGGUAUUCCAGGGUUUCUCGGGCGCAGUUGUGGGUGUUCUAGGCUUGAGCAUGAUCGCCGAAACAGCCAGUCCCGAACAUUUGGGUUCGCAUAUGGCUUGUGGGUCUGCAGCAUUGACGUGGGGAAUGCUCUGUGGCCCUAUGGCUGGUGGUUUCUUGUUUUCCAAAUUUGGCACUAUUGGUGCUUUCGGGGUUCCGAUUGUACUGCUUGUCGUUGACAUUUGUCUGCGAAUGUUGAUUGUACAGGAGGAUGAAGAUGAAACCAAAAUCAACCAGCACGAGGAUUCUCCUCUCUUGGAAAAUGAUAUCUCUGACGAAACUGUGUUGAGCUUCUAUCAUUUCUUGCACCCAAUCAUGUUGGGCGUGAUAUUUUGUGUCUUCGCGAUUUCUUCCAUCCUAUCUGCCUUUGAAACGACACUUCCACUCUAUGUGCUCGACACAUACCAUUGGUCUAGCCUGGGCGCGGGUCUCGUAUUCCUCCCAAUGACGAUACCUUCCGUGCUCAGCAUUUCAAUUGCCCACUUUGUCAGACAUUUCUCCCCACGAGCGGUUGUGGUGACUGGAUUUUUCGUGAUGGCAGUACCAAUGGUAUCCAUGCGGUGGACUCAAGCAAACACGAUCCAGCAUGAAAUCGCUCUCGUUUCCUUGCUUUUCGUUGUCGGAGUUUGUCUCACAACAGUGCAAGCAAUUAUCAUGGGUGAUGUCUCAAACGCAGUCCGGAGGAUUGAAAGCCUCCACGGGAUCACGGAGGAGAAGAGCAGCGGACAGGGACGGGGCUAUGCACUUUGCAACAUGGCAUUUGCUGCCGGUCAAACGCUUGGCCCGAUGGCUGGUGGAUUCAUCAAACGUGAAUUGGGCUGGGGAUUCAUGACGCUAGUCCUUGGGAUUCUAUGUUUGGUCGCUGGGCUUUCCUCGUUCUUUUUCAUGUCGGCAGCCCCGCCGAAAAUCGAAAAGGGGAAGGCCAAUGAGAAUGAUUGUUGA